AUGCUCUGGAAAGGCUUCAUUCUAGUGAGCUUAUUGCGUUCACUGCCUCUUGCGGCUGCUUCUCCGAAGAAACAUGCCAAAGAUGCAAAUUCUAAUGGGGCGUCGCUGUCAGCUACGAAUACGUCUAUGACAGCUACCAACACGUCUAUGCCAGCACCAACAGUUCACGCACACAAUAUGUCCCAGGUGCAUACGCCUUUCACUGGGACAGCAACUACCACAGGUGCCUUGACUGCCUCUUCAAUCGGAACGACCAUAACUAGUCUAGGCCUUGCACCCAAUGCGACUGGAUAUCCUGCUGAUGGAAAGCUUCACGAUCCCGAGCCCGCUGCUUUUGUCCCGGCAGGUGGCGUCGGUACAAACGGGACUGAGCCCGUCUACAACACAAGAAGCGAUUUCGACUACCAGUCAUUGGCCCUCGCUCUAUACCAAGAAUGGAUCGAACUGGAUCUCUUCGAAGACGGACUCCGACGUUUCAACGAGUCGGAGUUCCUAGCCGCCGGCCUGACCUCCGCAGACCGCGAGUUGAUCUCCUUCAUGGCAGAGCAGGAGAUAGGCCAUGCAACAAUGCUGAGCAAUAUCCUAGGAGCCCAGGCCCCACAGCAAUGCUCAUACAUCUACCCGUACACUAAUGUCAGAGAGUUCAUCGACUUCUGCCAGAAACUGACUCGCUUCGGCGAGGCAAGCGUGUAUGGAUUCCUGCCUCAUCUUAACUCACGUGAGGCAGCGACCCUCGUGACCCAAACGGUUACCGUCGAAGCACGACAACAACUGAUCUUCCGUCAAUUUGAAACGCUCUUCCCGAUGGUGGAGUGGUUUGAAGUCGGCGUACCGCAAUCCUGGGCCUGGACGCUGCUUGCACCUUACAUCAGUUCGUGUCCUGAAAACCAGACGCGGUUGAUCUGGCAGAAUUUCCCUGCACUCAUGAUUGUCAAUCAGCCCAAUCCUUGGAAUUCUGGCUUUAGUCCUAUGAAUUCUACCUCGAAGACGAACAGAACUUCUUCGUCUUCCAAUGCUACCUCGAGUAUCGACCACACUCUGGGUUUCAACCAGACCGAAGGAUUCGCUUUCAAUCAAAGCACAGGAGUCAACGAAACAGUCGGACCAGGCCUCAGCGUCCCUAAAUCACCCAACGGCUCCGGAAAAUUUAACAUGACCUCUUCGGGGACCAACAUGACCUCCUCGGGAACCAACAUGUCAUCUCCAGAAACCAACAUGACCAUCUGCGGCGCGUCCGUCAGCAAGAUCCGCUCAACGCCGCUCACAUCCGCGGGUCGCCAGGUGCUGCUGCAGUGGGAUCUGCCAGGGAAGAAAAUCGGUCCCAAUAACAGCUACAUCACGACAACAAACACGAGCGCCGGCAGCGCGAAGUUUGUUGCUUGGGUAUCGCAGCUAAAUAUUACCUACACGCCUCUACACAUUGUCAACGCUGUCAAUGCUACGAGCGGCCUCAAUUUCACGAAGAGUAUCAAUGCCACGGAUGGCCACAAUGACACUGCUGCCGUCAACAGCACGCUCAGCGGAAUGCGGGGCUAUACUAUCCAGCCUGACAUGGAAGUGUACGAGGGUCACCCGGCGUUUAACGGGACUAUCUUUGUUGCUAUUACUGACAGUGAUCCGUUCCUGACGCCGUUCAACGUGAGCUUGAUUAACCCUCAUGUAGUUGCUGGUCCAGCUCUGUACCAGGCGGGUUGA